AUGAUCGUUCUAAACGGAUCCAUCGCCUCCCUUUCAAACACCGAUUAUCACCGACAAACUCCGUUCCAGAUCCACAUUGAUGCGCACAGUGAUUUAGACUAUCCAGAGCUGGUACCGAAUUUCCCACUUGGUCGAAUUCCCCAAAACGAUCUGGAAUUGUCCACUAUGAUGCAAGCUAACGAUCAGUUCAUUCAAAGCUCCGUAAUCGCCCAACUUAUCAACACAACCUAUGUGAUCUAUCCACCAUGGGUAGCGAAUGACACAGGUGCUUUUACCGCAAGCCUGGGAGUCACCGUGCAGCACGGACGACGUCAAAUUUGUCUUUGCUUUUUUGACGAGCUUCCUUCAUGCCAAGCGCGUGAUUGGAAAUCUCCGCUAAACACAAGUCAAAUCAGUUUGGAGCAAUGUGAACUCAAAUGGCCGUAUAACCAUCUGGAGCUGAACUCGGAAGAUGCGCCCGGAAUUAUUCGUUCUUCAGAACGGUGGUCCAUUCAACCCAGUAAACUGAAUCCACUCAUCCUGGACAUUGAUGAAGACUUUUUUGGAGUUCAUCUGCCGGCGCGUAAUUUGACUGAUACUGGUGUGCAAAUUUCCAAAGUGAAAGAAAUUGACACCCUGAUGCAAGACAUAUUUUGCCCCGAAUCACCUGACCUUGAACGUGUAAUCGAUCAGUGGUUUACAAACGUUGUACACCAUGCUCGACAUUGGUGCUUCCAGUAUCCAACCGAUGAAUAUCGCGUAGACAAUUGCGCUGACAAAUUACAUCAGUUAAUUCUUCGCGAUUUGAGGACGCACGCUAGCGUGUGGUUGUGUGAAACAGACGUGAACGAAAUUUCAUACAGAGUGACUCGACUUUUCGCAAACUCCGGUUUGACUCCGGAGCAGCUUUAUGUUUUGGGAAAGAUAGGUCUCUGUUUCACUAUGGCUUGGUCCACACAUCUCUACGAGCCUCGUAUGAGAUUGAAAAAUUACAUCAUUAACGUUCAACGUUGUCAAGUCAUUCGGGGUUGA